CUUGCUUCAUCGCCAACCAUCACGACUAUUCAAUUCCUCUGCUUCCGCGCGCCGAAAUUGCGCACGCCUUAUCGGCGCCGCCCAUCCUUCGACCGCUACUCUUCAAUGACGGCCCGGUAGUCUCCGUGGCAGCUCUAGAGAUAGUGAGAGGAUCUCUAGGAGCAGAGCAAUGCUUGUAACAAAACACGCAGCCGAGCUUUGUGCUCUCCUAGUUAGCGAUCUCUUUGGCGAGCUUCCAUCACGAAUUCUCGCUGCCCUCUUUACCAAAGGGCGAUCAAGCAUCGCGCAGCUAGCCCAGUAUACGUCUCUCGGCCCACGACAGUUGCGAAAUGGCCUCGGCGUCCUAUUACAACACAAUCUCCUCUACCACUACACAGAUCCCGAUACCAGAAUCACCAGCUACGAAACAAACCCCGAUGCCUGCUACAGCCUCGUCCGGUCAGGCAAGAUCCUCGAGGUCAUCGACAGCCAAUAUGGAACCGCCGAACGCGACCUCGUCCAGACGCUGAUGCAGCUGGGUUAUGCCCGUGUCGCAGAUCUGACUCAUGCCUUCUCAUCGCGGGCUCCAAAGGCCAAUGGGCGCGCCAACGGGACGCACGAAUCAACAUCCGGGCUGAUUGAAUCUGAAGAUCACCUCAACGCUGUCCUGACCCGCCUCAUUCAGGCCGAGAUUGUCGAGACUGUACGGCCCGACAGCUUUCGAAAUCCGGCGGAGGUGUAUCGCGAGAUUGAGACGGAGCUCACCAAAACCGGUCCUGGAGAAAAGGCUACCAAGAGCAAGGGCGAACAACACACAGCCAUCAUCGACCGAUUCAGGACCUUCCGCGAUCAGGGCAAAAUGUUGAAGCGGCAGCUCGAUCAGUCUAAUGGCCCAGUCACCAAGAAGAGGAAGCUCCAGAACGGCGCAAGCCACGUCGACGACCCUUUUGACGAGGUCGCCCAACUCAACCCCAAUAUCAUAGUUCGUGUCAAUCACGAGAAGUGCCUGGUCCAGCUUCGCAACCAGCGAUUGGCGGAAUUUGCCGCGGACACCGUCGGCGAGGUCACUGGCCAGAUAUACCGUGCCUUGUUGGAACUGUUGACAGCGCAGCUGCCGAGGUGUCAGCCGGACCCUCUGAUCGGCGACCAGUCAGGUGGUCAACAGCAAGUAGCGGUGACGUCGGUCCAAAUAUUGGAGCAUCUCGAUGAGAGUGUCAACGUGCAGAGCGGCAUAGGCAAGGCACCCAAGGAUAAGAUCGACUUUCAAAGCGCCGAGAAGAUCAAGGCUACGCCGCUCGACUACGAGAGUGAUUCUGAGGAUGACUCGGAUGAGAGACCAGCGGCCCGCCCAAGGGCCCCGCGACCCCUUUCCAAUGGCCAUGGAGGUGAUUUCGACGCAUCGGACGAUGACGAUGGAUUUCCUGCACAGAGCAAUCACCAAACGCAGCGGCCCAAUGGCGAACGGCAAACGAAAGUCAAGUUUGAGGACGAUGGGACGUCGAAGGAUAGUCGACUUGACCAGAUGAGACAACACCUGUUGCUCCUCGCGGAAGGAAAGCAUCGGUUCGUUCGACACUGUGGCACUCAUGGGAGAGGCCAGUGGACAGUUGACUUUGGCCAGCUCAUGGAGAGUCUCCGCGAGGUAGAGCUCGACGCAUUCAUUGAGCAAUCGUUCGGCCGCCAUGGUCUGCGCCUGACACGAAUCCUGAGAGAGAAGGGCAAGCUUGACGAAAAGAUGUUGCCCACGGCUGCACUAAUGAAGAAGUCGGAUGUGCAGGGAAAGAUGCUGGCAAUGCAAAUGGCAGGACUUGUCGACGUGCAAGAGGUGCCAAAGGACAACAGCCGGCUGGCGAACCGAACCAUGUUCUUCUGGUUCUUUGAUGGUGAGCGCACGCAGUCCCAGCUUUUGGACGAUGUCUACAAGGCCAUGUUGCGCUGCUUGCAGACGCUCCAGGUGGAGCAGUACAAGAAAAGGGAGGUAUUGUCCUUUGUAGAGCGCAAGGACGUCAAGGGCAAGGAGGAGGAGGUGAUGGGGGCGGAGCACUACAACACGUACAACCAGCACCUGGAGGACCAAGAGAAACUCAUCGCACAGGUCAUGAGGCUAGACGACAUGGUGGCAGUCUUUCGGGAUUAUUGACGCUGAAGGCCCGUAGCUUAGCAUACGACCAUGGAUAUGCCGGUGGAUUGAACAAGGAUUUGAAGACCCGCCCUGGCGACCAAGAGCUAGCAUUCGAGCCGAGGGCGAUGAGAUAUGUUCCUCGAGAAAUGGUAGAUGGUUACGUUUUGUUGGAUGUUUUGUCGGAUAGUUGGGGGUGACAUUUGUGCAUGUGAAGAUUGAGCUAGAGUGCAACAUGUGACCGACUUUAUCCGGAAACAAGGGCCAAGGACGGAGAGAAUGACUGGCUUCUCAAUCAA